UCAACUACUUUCUCAAGAUAAAUGUUUAAGUAUGGUGGAAGAUGCACACAUAACACACGUGUUUGUUUUAUGUAUAAAUAAUUCGAUAACAAGGCUGCAAAAUUUUCUCAUCUGUUUACCCUAGUUUUUGACCGUAAUCCAGCAUUCAACGCCAUUAGAAUAAUAUUCGUCGUCAUCAUCCUGUCCUCUUCCCAUUUCAACGUUGCUCACAGCCGACGUCCUCCAUUCAUUCGUCCUUCUUUUAUACGAUUCCAUUCAUUCACAUUCUUUACACAACACUUGUACAUUGUUUCCAUUUUUGCUUUCUUUGCAGGCUUCACUGGCUAAAACUUCGUUAUUGAUUCGUAAAUGGCUUCUUCUCUGCCAUGUUUCAAUGCUAUAACCAAACCAGUAUCUCUCAAGCGCCAUUCUCAUCAAUCCCUGCAAGUCAAAGCUCAGAGCUUUAGGGAUGAAGGAAGAAGGGUUAGCAUUGUUGAUGCGAAUUUGAGUGUUCUGAGACAAAGGAUAGAGGAAGUUGUGAUAAAGGAGAGAUUGGAGAGGUGUUGCAGAUGUGAAUAUGGAUGGAAUUAUGCAUCUGGGUACGAUUACAAACUCAGAAAAUACAAGGUUUUGACAGAGACUUUUGAGCUUGUGGGAUUGAUUGGUGGCACUAUUGGCCUCAGUUGUUUAUGUGGCACAGCUUUCCUCUGUCUUAUUUCCAUCUUAGUUCAUCUUAAUCAAUGAUUAAGUCAAGAGAAAUUAUAGUUUCAAUAAUACUGUAUACUUAA